CUUCGGUGUAGUAACUUCCACCAGUCGGCUGACACUUCAAUUUCGGACAAGACUUUUCUUAAUAAUCGAUUAUUUCUGAAAAAAUGACAAGACAAACUGAGAGGGAUAAGAAAGCAGAAUCUGAAAAGUAUCAGGGUAUUUUAACUGAUCUCUUAAAAGAUGACGAUAACAAAUAUUGCGCCGAUUGUGAUGCUAAAGGGCCACGUUGGGCAUCAUGGAAUCUAGGUGUCUUCUUGUGUAUUCGAUGUGCAGGGAUACAUCGUAAUUUGGGCUGUCAUAUAUCGAAAGUUAGAUCUGUAAACUUGGAUUCGUGGACAGCUGAACAAAUUGCAAUGGUUCAAGAAAUAGGGAAUAGUAGGGGUAGAGCUGUUUACGAAGCUAAUUUACCAGAUCAUUUUCGUCGACCUCAAACUGAUUCAUCUUUAGAGGCAUUUAUUAGAGCUAAAUAUGAGCAAAAGAAAUAUAUUGCGAAAGAAUGGAUACCACCCCAGCAUCCAAAGUUAAAGACUCCUGUUGAUGAUAAAGAAAAAGCUGUAAGAAAGACAAAAGCUAGAAUAAAACAGACAAUUCCCCCGGCCGUUGCUAUGCCUUCUAAUGAAGCUACUAUAUCUAAUUCUAAUAAAGUGAAGCAACCCACUUCUCAAGCUCAAGAGAAAGUUGUUAAACCAGUCAAUAGUCAAUCAGCUUCUGCCGAUUUACUUGGCCUAGAGGAUCCAGCAUCAACUACAGGUCAACAGCUGCAGUCGGAUAGUGAUUUUGGUGAUUUUAUGAGUAUGCCACCUGUGAAAUCUACGCCGGCAGAAACGACUUCUAAUGAAAAGGAGCUGUCGGAUUUGUUCGGAUCGGGAAAACAGCCUUCGGUACCGUUAAAUGAUAGUAAAAUGAGUACAAAGGAUAUUAUGGCUUUGUACGGCGAUGCAGUUCCUUCUUCUAUGAAUCAGCAAAUGUUUGCACCAAUGCCUAAUACUUCACUUGCUUACAAUCCGGGUAUUCCACCUCAAACGCAGCCUCAGCAGCAAUUUCUUGCUAAUCAGUCUAUGAUGCCACAACAGAAUAUGAUGACACAAGGAAUCGGAAUGGCAACGUGCUAUACUGCAACUCCUAAUCCCUAUCAACAACAACAGCAACAGCAACAACAGUUUAAUAUGUAUCCAGCUCCGAUGAUGCAGAAUGCUGCCAACGGUCAGAAUAAUAUGUUUGCUAUGCAGCAGCAGAUGCAACAUCAGAUGGCGAAUAUUAAUAUAAAUAAUCAGCAAAUACCCUACCAACAAGCGAAUUAUGCUGUCGCCCAACAAUUCUCUGGACAAACUUUGUCAAACAAUUUAUGGCAAUCUCUUCAUUUAUCUAUUUAUUUAGGUGCUCUUUUAUUUGUUGGUGGAUUACGUCUAGCAGAUGGAUGUAGCUGCCAACUACUCUAUAAGAAUCCUUGCGAAACUAAAUGCGCAUCUUCUUGUGUCGAAUGUUGCCGAUGCGUAUUUUGGUAUACCGGAUUAAAAUCAAAAGUAUGGGAGCAGAUAAAUCAACCAACCACUAAAGUUGGCGGAGAAGAGUCAGGUAUAGAAGCUGAAAAACGAUUAAUGAAAUUUGGAAAAAGGCUGUUACAUUUUGAAAAAAAACCAGUUGUUUUCGAAAAGAAAGGUCUUCAUUUUGAAAAACGACCAAUUGUCUACGAAAAGAAGGAAGUUGAUAAUUUUCAAUGA